AAAUCCAUUCAUUCAAUUCAUUCAUUCAUCCAAGCAAAUCGAAUCAUUUUUUCUUUGAUUUUCUUCCAAAUUUACCAAUUUCUCAUUGUGUUUCUCAUUGAUUGAUUGUGACUUUUGGUUGGUUGGUUUGUCUGUGUUCCUAGAAUCAUAAUCCACCGAUUAUUUUCUCAUCAAAUUUUCUAAAUUGUUUUGCUUGUCGUGUUUUUCAUAGUGAUCUUUUUUUUGGAAAUUUUCUUCUCGGUUUCCACGUGUAUCAUCGUUAAAUAUUUCAUUAACACCAUCAAACAACGAAUAAAAUGGCUGAUAAUUUUUUAGUAGAAUAUGAUAAAGAUGUUGCCGAUCCAUCAAAAGAUCCAAUGGAAUUAUAUAAUCGUUUAUUGAAACAAUUUAAUGAUGAUGGUGAAAAAAAUGUUGAAUAUUGUUAUCGUUUGGUUAUUAUUUGUUUAACAUUAUCCGAUUGUGAAUUGAAAAAAAAGAAUAAAUCCGAAGGAAAAAAAUGGGAAGAAGAAGCAUUAAAAUAUGCUAAAAAAGCUAUAGAAUUGGAUCCAAAAUCGAUGAAUGCACAUAAAUGGUAUUGUGCUGCUGUUGGACGAAUGGCACCACAUGUCAGUACAAAAGAACGUAUUCAAAUGGGACAUCAAUUUAAAGAACAUCGUGAUAUU